AUCCGGUCCUGGCUCGCGAUUCCGUGGAGCGGGGGCGGCGGCGACGAAGUGGAAGGCAACGAGGAGGUACCGACAGUAGCUCCCAGACAGUGACUCCGCGCGUAACGACAUGUAACCGGUGGAUAAAUCUUCUGAGUGUUAUGUCAUCGAUGACAAUUGUUCGUCAGCCACGAUUUCAUCGUCGACGAUUCGUGCAUGGUCAAGGAUAAAGGUGUCGUUGUAGGAAUGCGUGCAGAAACCCCGUGAAGAAAGCUGAAAGGAAGAGAACGCGCUUGUUGGAAACGGACCUUGAAGUCGCGAAGUCGGGACAGUGGAAAGGAUUAAAGAAUUUCGAGGAGAGAGAUUUAGGGUGCGACAAGGCCGGCGCAACCACCGUGUAAGCAGCCACAGAGAGAAAGAGAGAGAGAGGGGGAGGGAGGCAGAGAGAGAGAGGGAGAGAGAGAGAUAGAGAGAAUAACGCCGGUGGAAAGAGAGAAGCGAAUAGUUGAAGAGAAGCUCGAUGGGUCGAACAUACUCAGUGCUGCCAGCCGUAAGCUCGACGGAGUCGACGCCGCAAGCUCGAUGCAAAUCGACGUUGUAGAUACCUCGAUGAAAAUCGACGAGCUCGCUGAUCCUUUGCUCUCGCUCGCCCUGCUCUAUAUCGCGGUUCGAUAGCCGGGUGAACGUCGACGACCUCCGGCAUCGGUGGAUUCGACACCUUCGCGAUAUCGUCGUGUUUUUAUCUUUGAUAAUAGUAAUCGGCGGUGUAGCCGUGAAUCUUCGGUUCGACGUGCGGUGUGGAUCAAAACUGGCGGAAAGUUUUCGCUGUCGUGAAACGUACAACAAAAAGAACGGAGAAGAAGCGAAUAAAAUUAAGCGGUCGAACACUGGCAACGGAAACGUCGAGGAAGACAAGAGCGUGGCCUAUGUGUCCGGUGCAUCUUGUUCGCGGAAGUGCUAGGUCAACAAUGUCAAUGCCCUUAAGAUCGAUCGUUGCUUGCUUGAAAUUGUCUUGUUUGUUAAUGGACGGUGAGAAAUUGACUUCAGGGUGAGUCGAACUUGAUCAGGGUGAAUCCGAGCCACCCAUGAUACCGCUUAAUCACUUAGUCGAUGGAGCUGCAUAGUAUAAGGUUAUCACAGUGUAUGCUUAGCGAGCGAUCGGGCGAUGUAAUCGCGAAUAAAAAAACUAUCCUUUGCCAGCCGACUGAUGUAGAAAUAUCGAUGUACAGUGAAUAUUUUAAGAGUUACUUUUAGAUAGCACGUUCUGGUUGAUCGGCGGGCCGAGAAGUUACUUAACGCGAUUGAAAGAAGAGGAGCGGUUGUCAGAAGAAGUCGUCUCGGUGGACGGGUGGCAGAGUAAUAACCGCUCGUUGGAUGGAGUGAUGAGCGGGGCCCCUGCACGGGGCACAGCGCCCCGUCGACAAAGACGUCAUCAUCAUCAUCACCAUCACCAUCAUCAAAAGCAUCAGAAACAGAUUCGGCAAGAACGGUCCUCGGAUGAACCGGAAGAGAAACGGCCGAAGGUGAAUCCGAUCUUUCUCUGGGCCUCGCAGCGAGAGCAAAGAAUCGUCGAGGUAAGAUGCGAGGACUACGACAAAAGGAAUCGUAUCAAGUUGACGAAGACGGCGCAAGGAUGGCGUUCGAUACCAAGAACGGCGUCCAACAUGUACUCGACUGCCUUGGGAGUUACCUCCCAGAAGACGAGCAGCGCAAACUCUUCGAAUACGUCCGACACAAACGAAGAAAAAGACAUCAACAAUCAGACAGGGCAUACGACGCUCAAUCUUCGACAUAUCUGCGCGAACGAGCUAGCCAACGGGCGGACCAACGGUUUGGUCGGCAAGGUCGAUGUUGGAAAAAAGAGAAGUUACGAUGAGGUUAGUAGAAAGAGCAAACAUCGACGUGAUUACGGAUUUCCUCUGGACGAAAUGCGGAAUAACGCAAAGAUCAAAGAAAAUUGGGACGAGGAACGACAAAGAGUACCAUGUUCCGACAAUGAUGACGACGACGAGGAGGACGUAGAAGAGGAGGACGAAGAAGAAGAGGAGGAGGACGAGGAGGAAGACGAGGAGGAGGAAGAGGAGGAGGAGGAGGAGGAGGAGGAUGAAGACGAGGAGCAAGAGGACGACGAUGAAGAAGACGCGAACGAAAACGAGAUAAAGGAGGGAAAUAAGUUCGAGAAAGAUGCGUCGAGCUGCAACGGAAGGAACAAUCUCGAAAGACUGCAGAAAGAUAAGUUGUUCCAACCGCGAGUAGUACUGGAACAACUACAUUUUUCUCAAUUGCCUCAAGGCGUUCAUCAGAAUGUCCUUCAAAGACGGGGAAAAGACGAGAAGGGGCAGGGCGAGGAUGAUGUUAUCGCCGGCGAAGAGAAGCCAGCAGUGGAUAAUGAAAAAAGAAAACACGUGAACAAGGCAGGCAUUCAGGACAUAUUGAACAUGAUCGAUGUCACGGCCUCGCCGGUUCUAGCUACCGAUACGCCUAGUGCUGAUUUGCCCGUCGACUCGACGAAAACGUACGAGGUUCUCAACGAGAAUCUUCAUAAUAAACCCAGUGAGAGUAAAAUCAAAGACUUUAACGCAGCGGUUCUCACGGAAUUAUCGGGUAAGGUUAAAGAACAAUCGAGAAACGAAGCGAUUUCUAGCUAUCAACAGCUGGAAGAUAUCGUUAAAACGAACGACAAUCUCGCCGGCGAUAAAAUACAGAUCCACGAAGAGAAGAUAUUCGCCAACUACGAAAACGAAGAAGAGAAGAAGCCCGAAACGAAGAACGAUGUCAUCAUCGUUUCUAUAAAGAACAACAGUUCGGACUCGAAAUCGUGCAAGAUUGCCGAAGCGGACGGUGGCCUUGGAAAUAGAUCAAAGUGUAGAACGAAUUCUCAUUCUAAAUGGCAAAGUAUGAUUUCUGUCGACGGCGUGCAAUUGGAAGCGGAAGACGAGCGACCCGACGAACCCGGUGAACCAGUGAAAAUAGAUUAUAACGAUAGCUCGAAGAUUUUGAAUGCGCUGAGAAAUACACCCGGUCUUUCGGUUUCUAUUACCAGGACUCACACUCCGGAAAUAACGAAAAAUAUAGCUAUAUCGUUGACGAGACCAGCGUCGAAAGCGUCGUCGUCGUCGUCGAGUCGAUCGCCCGAUUCUCAAGCGGAAUGCGUCGAAAGAUUGUUGAAGAACACGGAUUCUGCAACGGAAACGCAAGGAACCACGACUUCUCCGAAGAAUCUUCCCGGUUUGUCCAUUAUCAUACCUAGUUACCGAUAUCGAAAUUCUCAAAUAAUCGCGAAUCAUUCGACUUCUCCGAGUACGAAAGCGCGCGUCGAGUCCCCGGAAAGUACCGUGAAUUUCCCCAAGAACGAGGCUUACUCGGGCGAGUCGAAGACGGGCGGAUUUCCUCACGAGGAAGACGACAACGAGAGAGACUUGGAGGAGGACGAAGACGAUUGCGAUUCGCAAGUAUUGGAAGAUCUUAGACGACAGAAAGCCGCCGACUCGCUAGCUUACGAGUCCGAUUACUUCCACCGGCAGAACAUAGGAAACUCGGAAGAUCGGAAGACUCCUCUGGAGAAUACGAAAAAUCAGGCUCAUUGGAUCAGCUCGAGCAGAAACAGCGAGGCUCAAGCUAAAUGCAAGUAUCAGGAUGUAGAACAUUUCGACGAGCAAGUCCUCGAGGAGCUUCGGACACGUGGCACCGUUGUCUCACCGCAGCCGAGUGGAAUUCCAUGUUCCCCGGCUUCCAGGAGACCCUCUUCCGCGUAUCUCGAGAGAUUGCUACCUAGUCCCCCUUGUUCGGUAUCCUGUUCGGAAGACGCGAAGAACGAUCUAACUUUGAAAGGUAUUUUGUCGUCGCCGAAUCAGCUGGAGGUCAGAGAUUACGAGAAGCAGAAAGAGAUCUCGAAUCGCUGCGAUCAAAUACCCAGCGAUCAUCUUACUAUACGUGCCGAUCCGAAGGACAUGGAGAGAAGUAGCGUAAACAGGAAAGGUAACAGAAGCUUUCAGGAACGAUUGAACGUUCACACUCAGGAGAUGAGGAACUCUGGUAGACCAAUGUCCAGCGGUGAUAUCCAUAGUACGUACUUCGUGACAGAUCGAGCCACACCCAAGAGACCAAUGUCCGCCGAAUGGUCGGUCGGUAGGCAAAAGAACCAAUCGAGUUCCUAUCAAAAAUCAUCUGCAAAGCAUCGAAUGCACGCCAUGGAGGAGGCUUGCGCCACGUCCAGUAGCACCGACAACCUUUUGGAUCCUGCUAGUCAGCUUAGAGAAUUGAUCGAGACGUCCGGACAUCUGAUACCCGAUCCGCUUCUGGUACCGAGAGACUAUUUGCCGGGUCUGGCAGCGGCUCCGGCCACUGAAAUUCCGAAAUUGUUGGCCUCCAGGCCAGAACUAAGACUGCCAGAAGCGUUAACCAGGCCGGAUCUCCUUAGGGAUCCAGAUUUAUUGGUGAUAUCCUUGGCUCAUCUUCAGCACGUCCUCGAUCACGGCGAGGGUCCGGUCUGCAGGUCACGACAGUCGCAUCCAAGAAUCAACAACGGCACUAACAGAGGAUCCGGUCACGCGAGCAACGGAACGAAAAACGCGUUGCAAACGAGACCCAAGCUCAGCUGCAAACCAAUCGGCACGCUAAUGCCGGCACCGAUCGAUCUUUCCAGUGGUCGAAGAACCACCACUUACCUCCCGUUGCUCAGGGUACGGAGCGGAUUACUUAAACAGGAACCGGAAGUCAGCUCCACGGCCAAUUCGCCCGAAGAGUCGCAACUUUGGCAUCCUCUGUUCGGCAGCCAGAAGAGGCCGCAACAGCAACAACAAUACCAGCAGCAACCACAGCAUCAGCAUCAGCACCAACAUCACAAUCAUCAGCAACAGAAUCAGAAUCAACAGCAACGUCAGAGUCAACAUCAACACCACAAUCACCAGCACCAGCAACAACAUCAGCACCAGCACCAACAUCAACACCCCUCCUGGCAUAGGACUACUUUAGCGUCCUGACCACUGUGACCUUGACCCUGACCGCAAGUCGAAUAGUCCUAGUAAAAGAAAAGAGAGGAAUCUUCUCGCUAGCAAAGAAGCGCAUCCGCGAGAUCCCUUAAGCGGUUCGCGAAAAUCGAGCCAGAGAAGAAGAAGAAGAUCCAUCAAACCCACACGGAAAUACAGGAAGAAGGUUCCACGUGGCCGAUCGGCGUUCCUACAGACGUUGAACAUCCUCGUCAACCUAUUCACCGUGAUACUCUUCUUCAAAAACCUUCGCUUUGAUCAUCAUUGCUGCACAGAUUUCCUUUGUAUCGCGUCAGAGAGCCGCUGCACUCAUCGUGAUUUCCUCUCCAUAGAGAGCCUUUCUCUAUCUCUCCCUCUCUGUCGUGAGUCCGUUUGUAGAGACCUUUUGCGUGUGUGAUCGUUUUCGUGGAGUUUUCGAUUCUUUCUGCCGAAACACCCUCCUUCUUUCAUUUAACGAUAGAAACGCAAUGCUUGUUUCAGAUUCACUUCGACCGGUAUAUUCCUAUGGUAGUUGUUAAUUGCGUUGGUCGUGUCGAGUCGUGUCAAUAGAAUUUCGUUUCGUAGAGAACUUUUCCGUCCGUCGCGAAGAUUCGUCACUUCGUCGGCCGAUCGUAGGCGACGGAAAAUAUUUUUUCUACAAUCUGCACGCAAUAAUUGACGAUUCUUCUGUUAUUUAUAGAACGUUCGUUCUUGUUAAUAUUUGAAAGUACAAUUUCGUUGAUCGACGCGCGAGGGAGGGAGUAACAGCUUUUAAACGCACGAAACGCGGUAGAAAAUACAAGUUCUCUCGUCAAUGAUACUUCUUUUAAGUUCAUCGUACUUUAGACGGACGAGUACGUAGUAACCAGAGCAACAGUGCAAUACGCGAACGCCGUGACGAAACGAAAGUUUUCAUAUCGUAGAUACCUUCGAAUUUGUUUCGUUAAUUCUUAAGAGAGAAAUUUGCUUGUUACAAACUGUCACUCACCUGACAUGCGACAGAUUGCUCUUUGUGAUUCCCCUUUACGAAAGAUGGAUAACGCUUUUCGAUUUGCAGUAUCGGAUUGGGCUCGAAGGCUUGAUUUCUGUCGUCGUAAAAUAGUAAAACGUUUAUAUGACUCGUUCGUUCCUUUAGAAGAAAUAGAUCGAUCCAUUGUAGCGAAUAGCAAAAGAUAUUUAACCGCUGAGCGAUAGAAUAUUAAAAUUCUAAUAGAAAUACGAGCGUGAAUAUCGGGAACAGAAUGUAAAUAAAAUUCGCGUGUUUAUCGUGAUGUGUAAGGAAUAAGUGCAAUGUAUCAUAAAUGAAUGUAAUUUCGUAGAAUUCUGAUGGAACUGUACGAUACGUAUCUAUAGGCAAAGCUGUAUAAAGAUACGCGUUGUCUUUAAAACACAGUGAGAUCGUUGUUUCGUUUCGAAUAAUUUCACGUUCAUUCGCAUAACCCUCUUACUCGUGCGAUUUAAAUAUUACGGCUACGUUCGAACAUUGUUUAAUUUAAAUUCUCAUUUGACUUAUUAAUCGCCUAAUUAGUCAACGAGUCGGUGACAAUGACAUUGGUUAUUGUUUUAACAUUUUAAUCGGUUAAUCACCGCGUGAGAAACAUCGUUACAUAGCCAGAAUUAUAUUUUGUCGUCGAAACCAACCUAACGAUUAUGUAAUCUACGCGAAAAUCGUCUUUCACCCUCUAUAAUUAAUCGAAAAUUUACGAUCUAUAAUACGCAUGUAUAUUGGCAGAAAAAUUAUAGCGUCCCAUCUUGAACUGAGAAUUCGGAAUUAAUAGCAAACAAUGAAUCAAUUAUUUGAUGGCGGUGCAAUGAGAACGACGAUAUAAUAUGAUAUCUCGACGAGUAAAUAAAAUAAGACGCUAGAUACAUAGAUACCUAUGUACGUAUAUGUAUAUAGCUAUGUAACUUGAAUAUCAUACGACGUUAUAGAGGGUUACUGAACUGUAUCUGGUGAAUGGUUUCGCCCGAAAUUAUGUUCUACGUUUCGUUUCGCUGUUUUUCACUGAUUCGACGGUUGAUUUUGAUAUUGUUGUUACUCGACCAUUGUUGUAAUUAUUUCGUACUAUAAAUGACUAUUUUUCCGAGCAAAGCAGUAGGCGAUAAUACAUAAGAUAUGCAUAAGCGACGAAACGUGCAAUAGUUUUUAAUUCGAUCAUUUCGCAUGGAUCGUCACGGCGAUCGUGAACUCUUCUCACGAUCCUAUCAACGGAGACACUAAUACGAUACGAACGAACGUUUUCAUCCUGUAUCUAAGUCGAAUUUACAUGCAACAAGUAAAACAUGUUGAUCUUGCCGCUAGCAUUUAUGCAAAUUAAUGAGAGGCAUUAAUAUGCCGCAUAGAUAAUCUUGGCUAUGCAAACAGGAAUAUUACGAAAGAAUUUGAGCGAAGAAUCGAUCGAGAGGUAUUAAUUCGUGCAGCAUGCAUAUUUAUUUAAAACACGAAGAUAACGGAUGAAGAAGGGGAUCAUUUCGAAAGUAUCGGUCUUAAAAAUCAAUAAAGCCAGUGCUUUCGUAUCGCUGGCCACGAAGAACUUAAUAUAGCUGCAACUAAUUAGGUCAAAUCAAUUUUUUAUAGCCUACAUCCGUUAAGGUUUAAAUUGUCCCGUGAACUAGUUCGUUGGAAUAUUCUUGAUAACAAUUUAUUUACGCAUAAAUUAAAUACCGUUAAAGUGGAAGAUGAAAAGACGAAGGAUAAUGAAUAUUGAUCGAGUGAACACAAACAUGAGACAUUGUUAGUCAUAGAAAUCUGUGUGAUCAAUUAGCGACAGAAUAUGAUUGUUCUUUAAGGGACCGAUAAUUAUAAUCCUAUUUACUAUUUCUUGGUCACAAAAUAUAUUUAUAAAUCGAUAAUAGACUAACAUUGAAAUUUAUGAGACUCAAAUUGCGAAUAGAAACGAGUUGAAUCCGACCAUGAUAGAAGUAAAAAAAAAAAAAAAAAAACAAAAAGAUCAUUCAUUACCUACGAACAUUAAAAGGAGAUACAAUCUCGCAUCGUAUUAACGAACUAAACGCGGAAACAUAUCUUACCUAAUUGUCAUUUAAUAAAUAUGUAUCCAACGCUUUCCUAUUUUUCGCGUUAAAAGUUUCAAGUUGAAGCAUUAUAGUGUAGAUCUUCUACGAAUAUCUUGUGUUCCUGCGAGCAAAUCAUCUCUUCGUACAGAUUGCAAGUACCUGUAAUUAUCGACUACGUUGUUAUCUCGAAGUAUAAUCAUAUUUUGCUCGAAAGAAUUAACGUUCGUACGUGUAUAUGGUUUGUUUGUUUUACUUCUGUGUGUAAACUCGACUCCACAAACAAGACGUUAAGCCGUUUAACACGUUAUUUACAAUCGCGACUAGGUAUCAAAAAAUUAUAAGGAAAAGGAAAGAAAUGACUAAGUAUGCGCGUCUGAAAUGACGGAAACAGGUGCUAUUCGAUAGUUAAAAAGGGAAACGAUAAUGUAUUUCGGUGAACGAAAAGCACGAAAGAAGCGUAUAUAGGUAGAUGAUUUAGGUAGAGAAAAUAUUUUACAUAACGUACACAUAGGGCACGCAAAUGUAUCGUGUAAUAAAAUAUCCGCGAUUGAGUGUACCUAUGCAUGCACGAAAAACGACCCCUUAAAUAUUUCUCGGUAUUUGUCGACGCUUUGCGAUCUAUAAUCCAGUAGAAUAUACGAUAUAUUUUCUGAUUAUACCUCAGAGAGUAGCCAUAAAAUGAUAAUAAUUUACCUCGGUGGUAGUCGGAUGAAAUAUUAACUAAGCAAACUUUGGCACAAUGGUACCUGCGAAUUUGUUACUUUUUUUUUUUUUUUACGAUAUUUCAGAUAAAAUGCUAACAGGGCAAAUUGUGGCACGUUAAACGACAAUUUAACGUGCGAUAUUAUAAAGCAUAAUGUGUACACGACUAUACUUCAACAAAAUUAUCUAAUUACUGUACCGAAUCAAAUUGCUCUCUUAUACAGAGGACGAAUAUCAAAAUUAGGAUUAUAAUUUGUAAUUUAAGCUAUCGUAAUGUACGGUAUAAGCAGCGAGUAUAUAUCUAUAGUAAAAAUCGAUUGCCACUACGUCACUUCUGCUUUGCCUUGAACCUGACAAGGUGUAUUCGCUAUAAUGAAAUUAUUCAAAUCCGUUUAAACAGAAAUUAUACAACAUUCGAACGUUCUACAUUUGUAACGCUGUGUUAAUAUUUCGUCUGAACUCGUAAGAAAUUAUUUCGCAUCCGUUUCGCAGAUAAUGAUAACGUUAAUUAAAAAUGAAAAAUGAAAAAACAAAUCAAACGCGCGAAUGAUAUAUCAUUGAACCGUUAGAGUCCGCGAGAGAGUUCGCAAAUAUCAAAAACGGCAAACACCGAGAAUGUCGAUCAUUGUCGAAACGAAUUCGAAUAACUCUACUGCGAUUGGAAUAACAAGAGGAAAAGCCGACAUUUCCACGGGACAAGGUUCCAUAAACGGAAUUGUAUACUAUUAAUGAACGUAUCCAAAAUAGAUGAUGCAUUCGAUGUCCGAUUAUUACAUGUUCCCGAUCUGCAGUUAACAGGUUGCCGUACAUUAUUCUGUUUUGCUAAUCUUACUUUCCACCAUUUAUGGAUAAGGAAAAUGUGCUAUAUCACGCAAAGUCAAACGAGCGUGUUAAAUAAUUCAAUAUGUUAUAUGUAUGUUAGAUUCUUAACGAGUUUGCAAAGAACAUACUCGACAAAAUGUGCAAUACAUAGUUAUUUCUUCGCGAAAGCAUCGAAACGAUUCGAUUACCCAGUAAAUGUAACGUAUAUUUAAUGAAUAUCUUUCAAAAGAUUUACGAAUAUUUUUUUAUUUAUCGCGUGCAACUUAGUCUCGGCGAAUGAAAAUUAGUUUAAUUUUUGAAAAUUAGGUUAAUCGAUCCUAUCCGAAUUCAGAUAAAAUCUGAUAGAUAUUUUAUUGCAGGAGGAAAAUAAAAUGGAAGAUAAUUUCAUUUCUAAAGAACCUAUCGACGUUUGUACUUUUUAGUUGAAAAAUAUUUCGUUCUUAGCUUUCGUAAAAGUAUUUUUUCUAAUGGAAAUUAGAAACUCUCGAAGAUCGAAAACUUCUCAAACUAUACGUGGAAGAUCUUUAUUCCCUAUCAUGUAAAACUAUCUGGAAUAUUUCUAUUCAAACUAUUAUAAUUAGAGUGCGGUGAUUUAUGCAAAUUCGUAUUUUUGUGACUAUAAUUUAAAAGGUCGAAUCUGGACUGGAGAUUUCUUUUAUCUACUGAAUAUCGCGACAAAUACAAUUUGAUUAUUUUUUGGUUUUGCGUAUUAUGUGCAUUGUGUGCAUUCUUGAAACUUCAAAUUUCCCAAAAAUAUAGAAAAAUCGACAGCCUAAUUGUAAUUAAAAAGCAUUUAGAUUGAGACUGAAACGAGACUGCUCGACAUCGUGUUUACUGCGAUCGUGGUUUACGAUACUAAUUAUCACCACUACCCUCACUACCACGUGGCACGUGGAAUGUAUAGAUUUAUACUUGUUUGUUUAUUUAUUGUUAGGUAGCAAACACGAUGGUAACCAUGAACGAAAGGUUCGUGGUACAGAGAGAAGCCAACUUUUAGAUCAACCUUGACUGUUUAGCCUUUAGAUUUUAUUAGCUUUAUAAGAACGACUAAAAUAUUAUUUUGUUGAUAUAUAUAUUGUACGACAUUAUUGAUUAUAAAUCAUAAAUAACCUGUAAAUAUACAAGACCAAUACAAUAUCUUUUACGUUACUUGAAAAUAUAUCCACAUAAUCCUUCUACCUAUAUAUAUGAUAAAAAUAUGCAUUUUUGCUAUAUUUGUCAAUAAUAUAAUAUCAAAAGGUAACAAUAUAAUUUGUUACUAAAAAUAAAAUUUGUUUCACUUGCAACUAGACAUUAUUUAUAUACAUAUUUCCAAUUCAAAUUGGCCAAGUUGACCAAGUAAUAAGUAUUAACUUAUUUUUAAUGGAAAACGUACCAUCUCUUUUUAUCUAUAAAUAUCAGAAAUGCUUAAAUAACAAUAUCCCUUUUACGUAACUAUAUGUAAAACAUGUAAAAUGAUUUUGCAAAAUUUAGUCUUAACAUUUUAAUGAAUGCAUGAAUAUAUUUAUGAACUAUAUUUCGAAGAAACUAUUUAUAUAUCAAGAUAAGUUAAAUAGAGAAAACGAUGAAAGGUAUUGGAACAUACAUAGCUAGGAAAAGAUACAUAUAUAUGAUAAAAGCAGAUAUUAUAAAAAUUUUAAUAAAUACAGUAUCGAUGAAAACUAGCAAUAUAUUUUACAAUGAAUGUUCGUAAUCUGUUGAAAUAUGUCUUCGACGUAUUUUUAUAAUUUCACAAUAACGGGGCGAAUAAAAUAACUUUAACAAAUAAGAUUAAUAAUAAUUUAGAAUGACUUUUCGGCUUUGAAAUAAUAUUUUUCUAAUAAAUAAGACUAACUUUUGAAAUUAAAGUUCCUAAAGCAAAGUGCAUACAAGCAUUCUAUCUUAUCAGAUUUAAAAUUGGCGCCACUAUCACACGUGUUAUGGAGAGAUUGAUUAUCUAGUCUCUUAAAUUGUUUUUAGUUUCAAUAUAGAUUAAAUGGUAAAUUUUCAAAAAUGCUUCCCAGUAUUCGCUAUAAUACGUUUACAAAUAACAACGAUAUUUAAAUAUAAAAGAAAAAAGUGUAAAGCAAAAAAAUGCGAAUGACAAGAAUAUACACUAUAUCGUAGAACGGCCAUUUUGUUGGGAACACGCGCGCGCGGCUUGGUCGCAAACGAAAAAUAGUCCGAGUAUAGUGUGCCGCGAGUACGUAGAAUUUUUCUGCGGUGUGAAUCGUUUGCGGUGUUUUUUGUACGAAAAUUGUAUCGUUAACUUGAAUCGAGUCCUGUGACAAUUUAAUAUCGUGUUCACGUUCCACGGAAGGCGUCGCUGUCAAAGAAACGUGUAAACGCGUUUGAUUGGUCGGAACAAAAAAAUCCGCGAAGAUGCAGUCGGCACGAAAUGCUACAUAAUGCGACGCAAAUACACCAGUAUGUACGAUGGUUGGCUUAAACAAUGUCGUGAUGUUCUUUCGAACAGAAAAUACAAUCGCGUAUAAGUAUUUGAGUCGUAGAUGUUCAACACGCGUAUAAUACUAGGUAAAUCAGACUAUGCACGUCGGUUUACUAUACGUACGCACAGAAAUACAUGCAUGCACACAUAAACGCAUACUUCAAAGAGGUAGAGGUCACUAGCCUUACGUACCACGGGGUCGUGUUCUCAUUUUACUUCGGUACCGUGAAAACUUCUUUUUAAGUAAUAUUAGUAUAUUGUCUUCGUUGGAUUGUUUUCGUGACCGUCAGCCAUAAUGUAAAAAUAAGAGUACCCUUUGAAACAGAGAGAGAAGGACGGAAAAAGACAUACAUACAACAGGGUUGACUGACACGUCCCUGUGACUUUAUACUCUUUUUAGUGUGCAGUAUUUUAUGUGCCUUCUCUAUUUACUCUUCCCUAAUUGAUUACAUGUAUUCGAGAUUUCCAUUUAUCGAGAUCGCCAUUCUUUCAUUCCUGUGCAUUUUCGGCUCACUAUCGUAAUCGUAUUGUCAAGGAGGAAAUAAGUGAGGUUAUGAACGUGUCGCCCAAUAAUGUUAUACCUCGAUAGUGUCAUUAAGUAACUUUCGAGUCAAACAAAUGUCACGAUUUAUUCUAAAGUGCAUUUCAUAUUGUGAAUAUCAAGUGGAUUCAUCGGCAUAAAGUGGAAAACAUAUAACAGAAG